CAGAAAAUGCUGAUCAUAUUUUAUCUUCUGCUCGUGCUCAAUAUUGGACGAUGCACAGACGAUCACAUCUUUGAGACAAAGACUGUUGGUGCGGGACAAAAUGUCACUCUAACAUGCCCCCGCAACAGAUUAAGUUUAUCAUCCUUAUUUUGGAUCAGGCUUGUUUCUGGAACCUUUCCUGAAAUUUUAGGAGGAACAAUUGCCGUUGAUUUAGGAGUUGAUGUGGAGACCCGUCGCAUUACAGCAAAACAAAAGCCUGGAACUUUUGUUCUGCAUAUUACUGAAACACAGUUAAGAGAUACUGCAGUCUACUACUGUAUAAACGUGACACAAAGCAAAAUGAUGUUUUUGAGAGGAACAUUUCUGAGAAUCAAAGGACCAGAACCUGAUAUCACUGCCAUCACUCAAGACUUUCAAUCUGAUCCAGUCCGUCCAGGAGACUCAGUGACUCUGCAGUGUUCAGUCCUCUCUGACUCUGAGAAGAAAACAUGUCCAGAAGAACACAGAGUUUAUUGGUUCAGAGCUGCAUCAGAUGAAUCUCAUCCCAGUUUCCUUUAUGCCCAAGUAAACAGUAGUGAUGGAUGUGAGAAGAGUCCUGAAGCUCACUCUCUGCAGAAAUGUGUCUACAGCUUCUCUAAGGACGUCAGCUCCUCUGAUGCCGGGACUUAUUACUGUGCUGUGGCCACAUGUGGAGAGAUAUUAUUUGGAAAUGGAACAAAACUGGACGUUGAAGAUGUCAGCCGCUGUGAUUCACAGAAUGACAAUACAGUUCUGUUUCUGGUGUGUGCUGCUUUGGCUUUAAGUCUGAUCGUUAUAGCCGUCCUUGUUCAUGCCAUCAGGACAAAAUCCAGCAAUUGUUCCAACGCUGCUGCCACUCUGCAAACAAAUGCUGCGACAGCCAGUUGUGAUCAGCAAAGUCAGCAGGGAAAUGAGGAGUCUUUGGUUUAUUGUACACCAAACUUUACCAGGAGGAAAGCUGGCAGAGGAGGGAGAAGAAAUCAAAGACAAGAAGAGACCAUCUACACUGAUGUCAGGGCUUUUAUGAUAUAUGAUUAAUCUAAACGAUGAAUUUGGUAAAUGAGGCUAAUGUAAUUUUUUUGCUUUAGCAGCACUGGUUUCUGCAUUUCAUUGAAGA